GAGGGGGCCAGAGCUACGGGACAUGUGUGACAACCCAAGAGAUGGAAGUCGACCUGGACCGCGAUUAUUAUUCGACGAAUUUUCCAAUCUUUCCGUACUACCGACCAGCAUUUUCGUUCUUUCCAUGUAAUCGACGUAUAAAUAUGGACGCACUCCGAGGUUACGGUAGCAGCGAUGACGAAAAAAAUGAAAAUCUUGAAACGAAGGUGAAAAAUAAGAAAGAAAGCGAUGUCCCUGAAAUUGUUCAUCCUUUUAAAUUCUCGAGUACUUUGACUGUAAGUCUUUGCGCUGCUCCUGAAGUCGAAUCCACGGGGACAGAAAUGUGCAUACAGCAUAUCGAUUCCACAACAAAAGAAUUAACCUUUAAUCCAAAGUUUGAUCAACUUUUUGCCCCGGAAGUAGGUCCUGAAAACCCAUUUAAAACACAGCAACAAAAGGCUCCCAAGAAUAUGUUAUCGGGAUACGUAGAGAAAGCCCACAUAAGUGAAUUUCAAUUUGAAAAUCAGCGCCGAACCUUUACUAGUUAUGGCUAUGCAUUAGAUCCCACUGUGGAUGGAAGUGCUGAGGAAGGAAAAUCACUAGUUGGAGCAAUCGAAGCGGCUGAAGAGAGUGGGGCAAAGACUGUUUUUGAGCACACACCCAUAAGACCUGCUGAUAAGAGAAAAAGACACAAAAAUGACAAUCCCACGGACAUAAAUGGAUUUUUGGGCCCUUGGGGUGGUUACAUUGAUGAAAGACGCAUUAUUAAGCCUUCUGAGGAAGAAGCUGCCGAGUUGGAGGAAAUUUUAGCCAAGAGAAAUAAGAGAGGGAAAGUUACAGAUGAGAAGCCUCUUGAAGAAAAAACCGUCUUGCACAUCAAAGACAGUGUGGAUUAUCAAGGAAGAUCUUUCCUUCAUGCUCCUCAAGAUGUUGGGGUUAACUUGAGGUCAGAUUCUCCACCAGAAAAGUGCUUCUUACCCAAAGCACAUAUUCAUACAUGGGAAGGGCACACUAAGGGGAUUUCUCAAAUACGAUGGUUCCCAGUCACUGCACACCUUUUGUUAUCUUGUAGUAUGGAUUGCCGAGUCAAGUUAUGGGAAGUGUACAAAGAAAGGAGAUGCGUCCGCACAUAUUAUGGUCAUAGACAAGCUGUGAGAGAUGUUAGUUUCGAUAAUGAUGGUAAAAGAUUUUUAUCCGCUGGCUAUGAUCGUUAUGUAAAAUUAUGGGAUACCGAAACUGGUGCUUGUAUAAAUCGAUUCACGAGCCGUAAAGUACCGUAUUGUGCCAAAUUUAAUCCUGAUCAUGAUAAGCAACAUCUUUUUGUGGCUGGUACUAGUGAUAAAAAAAUUAUUUGUUGGGAUACUAGAUCUGGUGAAAUCAUUCAAGAAUAUGACAGGCAUUUGGGAGCUGUGAAUACUAUCACAUUUGUUGAUGAAAAUCGUCGAUUUGUUACAACCUCCGAUGAUAAGAGUUUGCGCGUUUGGGAGUGGGACAUUCCAGUUGAUAUGAAAUACAUAGCAGAUCCAACAAUGCACUCUAUGCCAGCUGUUACUCCGUCCCCUAAUCAAAAGUGGUUGGCAUGUCAAAGUAUGGACAAUAAAGUUGUAAUAUUCUCAGCACUCAAUAGAUUUAAGAUGAAUCGUAAAAAAACAUUUUCUGGACAUAUGGUUGCUGGUUAUGCUUGUGGCUUAGACUUUUCACCUGAUAUGAGCUAUCUCGUAUCAGGAGAUGCAGAUGGCAAAUGUUACGUGUGGGAUUGGAAAACAACGAAACUUUAUACAAAAUGGAAAGCUCAUGACAAUGUCUGUAUCUCAGUUCUAUGGCAUCCUCACGAGCCAUCCAAACUUGCAACUGCAGGUUGGGACGGAAAAAUCAAGUAUUGGGAUUAAAGUUGUAAAUAUAAAAAUAAGUUUUAACGUAAAUAAAUCCUAUUUUAA